CAACGCUUUUAACGUACCGCCAGCUGUUGAAGUUACGUUUGUUUGAAAUCAAACGGCAACUGAAGUUUGUUGGGUUGCUUGGAGCUUCGAAAUUUUCUCUACCAUGUAUGGACGGUAAAUACAUUUCGUUGCAACGAGAAGAGGGCAUGUGUAGUGUCUAAAAAGAGAAAUAAUAAGUUAGAAAGAAAGAACACUCGAAUUAUAUAUACGUAGUUGGCAGGAAAUUGAUAUAUAAAUAAUGGCCACGAUUCGAGUACACGAGGAUCAAGAAAAUCGUAUCGUCGAUAUACGUCGAGGCAAAGACAAUAUUACUGUGCCCCUUCAAAGUCAGACACUACAGCCAACGAAACGUGCAGUUCUAGGCGUCCUUCAUAAUAAUUGUACUCGCAACCCAAAAACAGAAAUUUAUAAAGAUGAUAAGUAUCCUAAAACAAAAGCAGUUAUACCCACACAAUUUGAGCCAUUUAAAAUUUACGAAGAAAAGAAAGAGGAAGUUAUAUUUAAAAUAUAUGAAGAUAAGUUAGAAGAAGAAACUUCUGUGGCACUUAGGGAUAUUAAGGACAAAAAAGAAAUUAAUGAAAAACACGAUGUUAAAUCUGAAAGAGAGAAGCCAAGGUUAGAAGUAAAUUCUAUAAACAUCUCUAAUUUAUCGACAUUUUGUAAUGCUAUUCAAGAUAUAAAUCAAAAGAAACAAAAUGAACUCAUCUUUUCACAUGACAGUCCAAUGUCUUUGGAAAAAUCUAUUCCUUAUUCUUCUUCGAAAAAAGAACUGGAAAGAAGGAGAGAGUCUAUUAAGGAAAUGAGAAUGAGUUUUUUCGAUGUGGAUGAAUAUAGGGCUGAUAUAUAUAAUUAUUUACGUGCAGCAGAGACCCAACAUAGACCAAAACCAGGAUACAUGAAAAAGCAGCCUGAUAUAACAUAUUCAAUGAGGUCGAUAUUAGUGGACUGGCUCGUGGAAGUUGCAGAAGAAUAUCGGUUGCAAACCGAAACACUCUAUUUAGCUGUUUCUUAUAUAGAUCGCUUUCUAUCGUAUAUGAGUGUUGUGAGAGCAAAAUUACAACUUGUUGGUACCGCUGCUAUGUUCAUCGCCGCAAAAUACGAAGAAAUUUAUCCACCAGAUGUUGGAGAAUUUGUUUAUAUCACGGAUGACACAUAUACGAAAAAACAGGUACUUCGUAUGGAACAUUUAAUAUUGAGGGUUUUGUCUUUGGAUCUAACCGUUCCAACACCGCUUGUUUUUCUUAUGGAAUAUUGUAUUAGUAAUAAUCUUCCAGAAAAGAUCAAAUUCUUAGCAAUGUACUUGUGCGAAUUAUCAAUGCUCGAAGGGGAUCCAUAUCUACAAUUCUUGCCUAGUCAUUUGGCUGCAUCCGCGGUAGCACUUGCACGACACACAUUAUUAGAAGAGAUGUGGCCGCACGAAUUAGAACUCUCAACUGGAUAUCGUCUUAAGGAUCUUAAAGAAUGCAUUAUUUGCCUAAAUAAAACUUUCUGUAACGCGUUGAAUAUCCAACAACAAGCCAUUCAAGACAAAUAUAAAAGUAAUAAAUAUGGACAUGUAGCAUUGUUAUUACCACGACGUAUCGAUCACGUAACACUGACCUCUGAAGAUGAAGAAGAAGCUUAGUAUUUAGCAGGCAUUCAGAAAAAAUAGAAGAAUCUAUAAAUUUAUACAUAUUUCAAAAUAACGAACCUCCCACUACAAAUCCCUGUUUAGACAAAUAAGGAGGGGAUUAAGGCAAGACUGACCUAUUGUUUCACAAAUGAAAUGUACGAGUUAUUUCUAUUAGCAUGUUUAGUCAUUAUGCUUUGCCAGGGCAAACAUAUUGACUUUACUCUUCACAUUUCACCACCACCUAUAUUAUAGGUUGUAGGUAAAUUUUAAUAACUGUUUUAGAGCUACGUCAUUAUAUUAACGAAUGAAGCUCUAAAUUGUGUUAUUUAGGAAUUGUAUUUUUAUACGUAUUUUUUAGACGAUUGUUAAACAGAACAUUUGCUUUACACAUGCGCCUAAAUUUUGUUGCCAGUGAUCUGUCAUAAUAAUAGGAAUUCUAAGAGAAAUAACUGUAUUUAUUAUUGAAAUUGUACGAAAAUACACCUUAUUAUGAUGGAAACACUCCAAUGUGUUAAAAUGAUUGCAACAUUUGUCUAUAUUUACAAUUCUUGUACAGUUAUUUAUUCACAAUAUUAAAAGUAUCAUAUAAAAGCUACAGCUUUUCUGAAUUAAGGUGUAAUGGUUUCAUUUGUUCAUGUGUAAUGUAUUGUACAGAUAUUUCGUAGGACAUACUAUCUAAAGUAGCUCUCCAUUUAUAAUCAUUUAGAUAAGCUUUUUUCUGUGGAACUUGUAUCACAUUGCAUGCAUAUAUGUAUACCGGUUUUUCAUUUCUAUUACAGUUAUUUUUUAAAUAUUUGUUUUAAAAAAGCACAUAACACUGUAUGCAUGGUCUCUGAAGACAUACUAAUACAAAUCAAAAUAUUUAAUGUUUGGUAUAGUAUGUAUAUCCAUCAAAUAUAAUGCUUAUAUAAGGAGAUAAA